CCCACCCCCCCCCACGGUCCGGAACUCGGGGCAGGGGCAGGGGCAGGGGCAGGGGCACGAUGCGGGGCCGGGACGAGGAGUACGACUGCCUCUUCAAGGUUGUGCUCAUCGGGGACUCCGGCGUGGGGAAGAGCAACCUCCUGUCCCGCUUCACCCGCAAUGAGUUCAACCUGGAGAGCAAGAGCACCAUCGGGGUGGAGUUCGCCACGAGGAGCAUCCAGGUGGACAACAAGACGGUGAAAGCUCAGAUUUGGGACACGGCCGGGCAGGAGCGGUACCGAGCCAUCACCUCGGCGUAUUACCGGGGGGCCGUGGGGGCUCUGCUGGUCUACGACAUCGCCAAGUACCUGACGUACGAAAACGCCGAGCGCUGGCUGAAGGAGCUGCAGGACCACGCCGAUGCCAACAUCGUCAUCAUGCUGGUGGGCAACAAGAGCGACCUGCGGCACCUGCGGGCCGUGCCCACCGAUGAGGCCAGGAGCUUUGCAGAGAAGAACGGGCUCUCCUUCCUCGAGACGUCGGCUCUGGACUCCACCAACGUGGAGACGGCUUUCCACAGCAUCCUGACGGAGAUUUACCGCCUCGUGUCUCAGCGGCAGAUCGCCGGGCAGCCCGAGUCCGAGUUCGGCCCCAGCACCACCAUCGAGCCCGUGCGGGUGCUGCCCACGCAGCAGGAGGGCCGCCAGGCUCCCUGCUGCCAAAAUAUCUGAGCCCCCCCCCUGCCCCGCGCACGGAGCCGUCGCCUUUCUCACCCUCUACCUCUGCUCGCUGCAGCCCCCCGGGAACGGGAUGGGGCUGGGGGUCUCUUCUCCCGCACGGCCGCUCCGUGCCACCUUGUGCUGCUCUCCCCGUGUUUAUGUAGGACCUACAGGAAUGGAGAGGAAAAGCUCUCCCUGAGCCGCGUGUCCCCACCAGUGCCUCUCUUCCUCAGGGCUCGGGACGUGCCACCCUUCACCUCCUUGCUUUCUCCGGCCCCGAAGUCACCUUGGGGUGACACCCUAAGGCAGCCCACCCCUUGCCUGGUACCCAGGUUUUUGUGGCACCCGUGGGUGCAGCCUUUUGGGGAAGGUUUUUUGGGAUGGUGAGGGGCCAGGGUGCGCCCUUCUUUCUGCCUGGCAAGAGACUGGGUGCACCCAGCCCUGGGCACGGCUCUGGGUGCGGAUGGGGCGCCCUGCUGGGGGGGUGCAGGGGGCGAUUCCCACCUUGGACCCCAUUUUUGUGCCCUGAGCCCCUGCAGCGCAGCCAGCACAGAGGAAAAAUCUGCCCUGUCCUUCGGCCGGGUGCUGGGACGCACGAGGAGGGGAAAGGGGGCUCCCAGGGUGGGGGGAUUUGGGAAGAUUUUGCCACUUUUGGGGCUGUGGGAUGAGGACGAGGGAUUUGGUGACAGCAGGGCGCAGCCUGGGGACGAGGCUGCCGCUAGAUGGAGCGUGUGCUGCGCUCAUGGGGGGCUGCCAGCCCCGAUCCCACUGCCCAGGGGACAGAGCCGGGCCCCCCAGGGCUGGGACAGAGCCGGUGCCACUGGCGUGAUGGGCAGGGGGCAAUGCAGGGGUCAUCCCAUCCAUCCCAUCCCAUCCCAUCCCAUCCCAUCCCAUCCCAUCCCAUCCCAUCCCAUCCCAUCCCAUCCCAUCCCAUCCCUUCGCCCCAGGAGCGCAUCCCCUGGUGUAUGGGGGGGGUUCUCUCUUUCCCCAUCUGCCCACGGUCACCCCGUCCCACUUGGCAGGAUUUUGCCUUGGGGCACGGUUUAUUGACAAAACGGGAAUUUGGACAGGAUCCUAAAAUAAAGUUGCUGCUGGAGGAUU